AUGGCUUUGCACUUUCACACAAUCUCAGAAAUUACAUCUAAAUCAAUGCACUGGAACUUAAAAGUUCGAGUUAUUCGAUUGUGGAUAGUUCCUGAUAAAUUCAAACCAGAAAUACCUUACUCUUUGGAGAUGAUUUUACAAGAUGAAAAGGGUGAUCGUAUUCAUGCAUCAAUUGGAAAGACAUUAAUUAAGCAUUUCAGAGAAAUUCUAUAUGAACUUGGUGUUUUUCGGAUGAAUUACUUUGUGAUUACCCCAAACAUCAUGAAAUUUAAGACAACAACACACAAACACAAGCUUAACUUCACUGUGACUACAAAUGUUAAGGAAAUUCAAGAUCCUUCUUUUCAUAUGGAUAUAUUCAAUAUCCGCACCUUUGACAAAUUGACAAUUCAUCACAAUGUUGAUGAGACUGAGCUUUUGGAUGUUAUUGGACAUGUUUCUUCAUAUCAACCAAUUCAACAGAUAAAGCAAGGAGAUAACAAUAGUUAUUUCAUCAAUAUUGUUCUAGAAGAUGAUAAAUUGAUUUCAUCAUGUGAUUAUAAAUAUGAGAGGAUCUCCCAGACAAGUUCUCAAAAACAUCAUUCUAUUACUGAUGAGUUGUCUAAAGGUGUUGUAUCCUUUACAUAUCUUUCUGAUUUGCUUCAAUGCUACGAGGAAUCUUCCUUUUGGAUUGCUGCAAAAAUCGUCUGUUUGGAACUUGACCAUGGAUGGUCAUACUUGGCUUGCAACAAUUGUAUUACAAAGGUUGAUACAGAGGGAACCAAAUAUUAUUGUAAAAAAUGCAAUUCUGAAGUUAAAUAUGUUAUUCACAGAUACAGGCUACAACUGUCUGUUAUGGAUGGCACUGCAUUUAUUUCAAUAUUGCUUUGGAAUAAAGAGACUAUACAACUACUUGGUAAAACUGCAAAAGAGUUGAAAGAAGGAUUACUUGAAGAUGACGAAAGUUCUUAUCCAACCGAGCUUAGUUAUUUAAUGGAGAAGAAAUUUAUGUUUAAGAUUUUGAUCAAGGACUCAAACAUUAACAGAAAAGAUAAUGUCUAUAAAGUUGUUAAUUUCACCGAUGAUGAUACUCUUUUAAAGGAAUUUUGUCAUCCUGAUCUUCAGGACAGUCUUAAUAAAUCACUUUUUGAAUGUGAGCAAAGCUAUGAUGAAGAUAAACUCUUUGAGACUCCAAUCAAGAGCAGCAUUUCAGAGUGUGCUACAUUAAUUAUUGAAGAUGUGAUUGAUUUAACUACAAAGAUAUCUACCAAGAGUAGCAAAGUUGCUGGAAAAUCUACAAGGCAUGAAAUUAAAGACGAUUUGAAUGUCAAACAACCCAGCAACAAAAUUCGCAAAGUGAUUAAGAAGGAAAAGAAUACCUAA